AGGAAACCCUAAACCCUGUCGCCCUGCCUCUGUUUCUCGUCUGCGGCGUUUCGGUGAAGGUGAAAUGGCGACGGUACCGGGACAGUUGAUCUGGGAGAUCGUGAAGAAGAACAAUUCAUUUUUGGUGAAGCAAUUCGGUAGAGGGACUGCGGGCUUGCAGUUCAGCAAGGAGAGCAAUAACCUCUACAACCUCAACUCCUACAAGCACUCUGGUUUGGCAAACAAGAAGACUGUUACCAUUCAGGCAGGAGGGAAGGACCUUUCUGUGGUGCUUGCCACGACCAAGACCAAGAAGCAGAACAAACCCUCCAGUUUGCUUCACAAGUCUGUCAUGAGGAAGGAAUUCCCUAGGAUGGCCAAGGCUGUCGUCAACCAGGUUGCUGACAAUUACUACAGGCCAGACUUGAAGAAGGCAGCUCUUGCAAGACUUAGUGCUGUAAACAGGAGCCUUAAGGUUGCUAAGUCCGGAGUUAAGAAGAGGAACAGACAGGCUGCUAAGGUCCGUGGUAGGAAGUAAGAAGUUUAGUGAAAGGUUUCAUUUGAGUCAAAUGUUGGUUCUGUUUUUGUUCUAAAAGCAUCGGGGACUUCAAAGUUCUGGUUUUUGAUGUAUUAGAAGAGUUAUCACUCUUGUUAGAGAAGUUUAAACUUUGCCCUAAUUACUCAAGUUCUAUUUUCUAUGUAUUUGAGAAUUUUAAUUGAAUUGUUCCUGUCAAGCGAGUACCUAUUUUUGCUCAAAAAAAUUGCUCUUAUGGU